AUGGUGAAGUUGCAAGAGAAGCCGAAACCACUGGAUAUGACGCUCAAGAUCAUUGGGAAUUCGGCAGUCGUCAGGACCACGGUCGUGAGAAACCCCGAGGAAACUAAGGCCUGCCCUAGGCCGGUAGAACAGACCCAUCCUGACUUGAGUCCAGAAGUCGAUAUCCUGGACCCAGAUAGUAUGGCGGAUGUCGCGAAUAAUGCCCAGGUCCCUGAACCGUCAGUGGAUGCCCAGUCACAGACGGGCUGUUCGACACCGGUUCAAAGGCUGGAGGUAGAAUAUGCUCGGGUGAUGCGAGUCUCCGCCGAAGAACUGGACCUAGAGGCUGCUGUGUAUCUCAGGGAAGGAAGUGACUUGAUGACGCACUUACGAGACCAACUCAUCAUGCUCCCGGAAAUUGAGGAACUGACCCCAGAAUGUAACAUCGACGAAGCUAAUGUCGGAGUUCCGGGGGUCACAACUCCAGAGAUGGAAGCCAAGAUGAGAAGGAUCCUGAAACGCCAUCGUAGCAUCUUCCUGGGAGAUGGCAACGCAGCUCCGGCUCCUGCUCCGGCUAGGGGCGUAGUGUGUGAUAUCGCCGUCGGUGAAGCAAAACCAGUGGCUUUACGUGCGAGACAGAUUGCCGCACCGUUCUUGGUGAAGGUGUUUGAACUCUUGAAGAAGUUGUUGGAGGCAGAGCUCAUUGAGCACUUAGAGUCCGAGUGGUCCUCACCUAUUGUGAUUGUGCUGAAGAAAAACGGCAUAAAUAUCCGUAUGUGUAUUGACUACCGACUUCUGAAUCUGCUCAUAAAGUUAUCUCGCUAUCCUCUACCUUUGAUCGAUGACCUACCGGUAGACUUCAAAUCCGCGAUGUGGUUUAUGAGUCUCGACAUGGCGAGUGGAUUCUGGGCAGUGCGAAUGACCGAACAUGCAAAGUUGAUCUCUGCGUUCGUCAGCCCGUUCGGCCACUUUCAAUGGCUCAGGAUGCAUUUUGGAUUGAAGAAUGCGCCGUUAAUUUAUCAGAGUAUCAUCAACAACUGUCUGUGGGGAUUCAUCCGUCUACCUCCUGAAGAGGAAGCGAUGGUUGACUCAGAUGUUCUGGAGUUCCUGAAUCUCGAGACUUAA